AUGUCUGACCGCGGUCGAUAUUACACUGGCAGGGCGGCGUAUCCACCGCUGGUGUUUGAGCUUCCGAAGAGUCGUAAUCAAAAGUUUAUUUGUACGAAUUGGUAAGAAAAUUGCCUCUCGUAUGGCAUAAAGUCUAGAGCGUCCAAAGCUAAUCAAAAGUACUUCACACGCUUAAUAGCGUUGCCAUUUCUCUACAGGAUUUUCCAGUUGAGUGAUGUGCUAUCUGUGAUGACCGAUACAUCCUCAGUCUGCCCCGCUAAUGCCAUAAAACCAGACACGGUAGAUUCAAUUCUGCUGAUAGGGAAUGGGUUCAGUGGCCCCUGUGUGGAAGUGCCAAUAUUGCACAUUUCGAUCCUUUCGCUCACGGUAGAGCUGGUUACUUAGGGAGCUUGGAUUUGGAAAUUGGUUUUGCAACUAGGAAAAUAAGCGAUGGGAGGUAUGACUAGGAUGACCCUGCGCGGUUUUUUGUUAUAGUAUUGACGGUUCCAUUUUUCGCGUUUGCUUCCUCCUUCCUCCAGUCACCUCUUGCCCUCCUCAUCGUCGAGCUUUCGGAUAAUUUCGCGAAGCUUAUCUAUUUUCCACUAGAGGUUUCAAAAUCAAAUCUUUGCUCCACCGCCGCGAGCGAAAAUUGGAUAUCCGAAAUAUCAAAGUCCUGAUUGUGCUCAAAACUGUGCCGAUAUUCAAGCACCACCACAAAAAUUCCUCUUUUCCUACCUAUGCUACAAUAACCUCUAAUCCUUCAGACUACCGCAUCCUUACCCCUAACACCUGCAUCACAUUUUACAAAGCUACGAAUCGGCCAAGCAAGAUCAAAGGCUCCAGGAAGCAAGCAGCAGCUAAGGAUAUUAUCCAGCCAAACUUCCAAGAUAUGGCUAUUGGAGGUCUUGACAGGGAGUUCCGCGGGAUUUUCCAUCAAGCCUUUGCAUGUCGUAUUUUUCCGCCUAGCCUUGUGGAGAACCCGGAACCCAAACCCCGAAGGGAACCCCACUCCCUGGACCUCCGGGGACCGGCAAAACCCCGACGGCUAGGCAGAUUGGUAAGAUGCUGAAAGCGAGGGAGUCUAAGGAUCUUAACGAUCUGGAAAUCUUGAAUAAGUUUAUCGGACAAUCAGAGGAGAACAUCAGAAAGUUGUUUGCGGAUGCGAAAAAGCAGUACAAGGGAAAGGCAGAAGAGAGCGGGUUAAUACCAUCAUAUUUGGCGGUCUGGGUGCUAUCUGCAGACCGAGGGGGGGUAGGAACGGUGGGGCUGGGGUUGGAGGUUGUGUCGUGAAUCACCUGCUCUUGGAGGUAUGUUCGAAGUCACUUUUGUCCAUCGUGUUUGCUGACAAGAGUGGUAUCUUAGCUAGAUGGUGUUGGUCAAUUGGACGGUAUCUUGGUUAUUGUAAUGAUAAAUCGUAUGGACAUGAUCGGUGAAGCUCUUCAGCGCCCGGACCGUCUCGAAGUACACGUUGAGAUUUCUCCCUGACAAGUUUGGCCGAAAACAAAUCCCGAAGAUCCACACAAGUAGGACGAAUGAAAAUCAGGUGAUGGGUUACGAUGUCGAUAUCCGGGGGCUGGCCGCCAAGACAAAGAACAUUUUAGAAGCUGAGAUUGCUGGAUCAGUUAAGAGAGCAAGCAGUUUUGCAUUCAAUCGACAAGUGAAGGUAUAA